AUGAUAGAAGCUUUAAACACUCAGUACUUUUACUGGAGGAGUCCCCCCCCCCCGGUGUCUGAUGUCUCGCCCCUCCUCCUCCUCUGCUUUAUAAACCAGUCCCCGUCCCGGAUCCUGGAGGGACCACUGGGCUGCGGAGAGGACGAAGAGGACAAAGAGGAAGAAGACAGAAAGAGAAAAAGAGGAAGAAGAGCAGGAUUUUUCACUUUGAUUCAAGAUGAAAGUGUGCGUGCUGGUCCUGGGUCUGGCCCUGGUUCUCACCGUCUGUGUGGCCCGGUCUCCGUACCAGGCGGUCCUGCAGCACAGCCGGAUCAGAGGCCGUCAGCAGGGACCCAACGUCUGCGCCAUGCAGCAGCUCAAAGGCACCAACAAGAAAUACUUCACCAACUGCAAACAGUGGUACCACCGCAAGGUCUGCGGGAAACCCACGUGAGUCUGUGGAAACACAUUGUGCUCUUGUUUGUGACUGUGCAGCCUGCAGCCGGAGGAAUGUCCCUCUCCAGAGGAGCCCUCACCUCUUAUAUAACCCCUGAAGAAGAACAGAGCUCAGGCUGGCAGAGCCAUCAGUGUCAGUUUACCUCCGAGUCCCAGAACCUGCUGAGAGGUUCAUCUAGAGGACGCGUUCGCCUCCCUCUGCUCUCUGUGUUUAACGCCACGAGCGGCGGUAAUGGCGUGCAGACGCUCUGACAGAGUGAACAUAAA